AUGCGCCUCUCCCGGCCUCGACUUCGCGUUUCACAACCCGAGUCAGCUUUUGCUUCAGGCAAUGCAAGAUGGACGAACCGUGAUCUUGACCCUAUCCCCUUGCUAGGACGCCAAUGGGGUGUCGCCAGCAUAAUAGCUUACUGGAUAUCCGAUGCCUUCAACGCCGCAACCUGGGAAUUCGCAAGCAGCAUAAUAGCAGUCGGACUAACCUACAAAGAAGCCCUCGCAAUCAUCGCAAUCUCCUUCUUCAUCAUCUCCUUCGUCAUCUCAGGCAAUGGCACAGUCGGCGCAAUAUACCACAUGCCCUUCCCAGUAAUCGCCCGCGCAUCCUGGGGUUUCUGGGGCUCCUACAUCCCUAUAAUAUCCCGAGUCAUUCUCGCCUGCUUCUGGUUCGCGAUCCAAAACAUCAACGGCGGAAAUGCUGUCCGCGUCAUGCUAGGCGCUAUCUGGCCCAGUUACUUGAAUUUGAAGAACGAGAUACCCGAAGAUCAAGGUAUCACUACGAAUGGGAUGGUGGCUUAUUUGAUCUUCUUUAUCAUUCAAUUUCCCUUCUUAUGCAUGCAUCCUAAUAAGUUACGGUGGCUUUUUACCGUCAAGUCGAUUCUCGUCCCAAUUGCUUGGAUUGCUAUUCUGAUCUGGGCCUUUGUGGCCGAGAAGGGGGGUGGGAGUGUUUUUAAAGACCAACAUGCCACUGUUAAAGGAAGUAAGUAUAGCUGGAUGUUUCUGGCCAAUAUGACUUCUGUCUUCGGGAAUUAUGCUACUCUGAGUGUGAAUCAGUCUGAUUUUUCUCGCUACUCCCGUGUCAGCCCCCGCUGGCAACUCCUUUACAUCCCAAUGCUUCCUAUCAUCUUCACCUUCAUCGGCUUCAUCGGUAUAGCAGCCUCCUCCGCCGGCCAAGCACACUAUAAUCUCUCCUCAAUCCCCUGGGAUCCAACAGUCCUAAUAAGCUACUGGCCCAACCGAUCCUGUCGCUUCUUCGCCGCAUUUUCAUUCGCCCUCGCCUCCCUAGGUGUAAACAUCUCUGCAAACUCGCUCUCCGCUGCAAACGACUUUACCGCACUAGCACCCCAAUUCAUAAAUAUCCGCCGUGGCCAGAUCCUCUGCGCCAUGCUUUCCUGGGCACUGGUCCCGUGGAAGAUCCUCGAAUCAGCGGACAAUUUCUUGAAUUUCAUGUCUGCGUAUGCUAUUUUCCUCGGUCCUAUUGCGGCGAUUAUGCUACUUGAUUAUUGGGUUGUUAGACGGCAGAUGUAUGAUAGCCUUGCGCUUUAUCAGCCGUGGAAUCGGACAUAUCGGUAUGAGGUUCUGUUUGCGGGCAAGGAGAUCUGGGGGUUCAAUUGGAGGGCUAUUGUUUCGUUUUUGGUUGGUGUUGCGCCGAAUUUGCCUGGUUUGAUUAAUGCGGUUAAUUCUUCGAUUGAUGUUGGGGUUGGAAUUCAUCCUUAUCAGUGUGGAUGGUUGUUGGGUUUCUGUGCGACGGGUGGUGUUUAUGUCGGGUUAUCUUGGUGGUUUCCUGCUACGGAAGCGAGUAUUGAGAGGGCUGUUCUUCCUGAUGAGAUUUACGAGGAGGCUGCUGUUGUUAUGGGUGUGGAGGCCCAGGAUACCAGUGAAGAUAUGCGUAUGAAAGAUGGCAAAGGGGGAUUUGAGUCUGAGAAGGCUGUUUGA